AUGGCCCCACCAGCAAUCUACGGAGAGCCGAAAAUCCGUUCCGAAAACGGAUCCGUCUUCCUUGAAGUAAUUGCUACUGGAGCUGAUCCAGCUAAGAUCCAAUGGUUCAUGGGAAACGAUGAGCUCGAGGAGAACGAAUUCUUGAAGUUCUCACACAGCGACGAAGGAGGCAAUAGAACGAAAUUUGUUGCCGAAAUCAAGGAUUUCGAUAAGCCGCUCGCUGGAGAAUACAAGGCGGUUUUUGCCAAUAACGAUGGCGAGAACCAUGCGACUUUCAACGUUACCGCUGGAAAUGCUCCGGACUUCCACGACAAACCUCAUAUUGUUCAAAGAGAUAACGGAAACAUCAUUGUCAUCAAGGUUAGAGCUAAGUCUCACCUUGAGAUGAAGGCUGAGUGGUUCAAGGAUGAUAAGCCGGUCAAAUUCAGCGACAGAGUGAAAGCUGUCGUUAAGAAGGACGACAAGGACAAGGAUGGAUUCCAAUUCUUGCUUGAAAUUCACGGCCCUCAAAAGGACGACGAAGCCAAAUACAAGUGUGUGGUUAAGAACGCCGAAGGUCAAAACCAGCAAGCGUUGAACCUCGUCUUCGACUAA